CUCACUGGAAACCUUUGAACAUGAUCCCGGCAAAUCAGCGCCUGCUCGUCUUUCUGCUGAUCUCUCUCGUGGCCUUGCAGGUCCAGUCGGCACCCGUAGAUUCUGACUGGGCAACUGGACUGAUCCAUCGGGCCAAACGUUCGUUACUAUGGCGAUGGAACACUCUGAAACCUGUGGGUUCUGGAUGUAGAGAUCACUAUGAGUGUGGAACAAACUACUGCAGGAAACACACAUGCGCCUUUAAUAAAGCUCAACCGGCGUAAAUGACGUGAUGAAUCUGGCGCCAAAUUCAAAUUAUGGAAAACAAAAUGGCUAAAAAUCCCCAUCCCUCGAUUUCUCAAACAUCAGAACCUACAUCCAACAUCUAAAGACAGACCUACAUGAAGUGUAUUCAGGUGAAUCUCUCCAAGAAAUGUACAUGUCAUAUUAAACUCCAAAAUAAAAAAGUGAUAAAAUACUUCUCAUUUUGAUUUUGGAGUGAAAUUUGACAAUAUUCUUGACAGAUUCGAUCCUUCAGAAACUCAGGAACAUGCCAAGAACUCCAAGAUCAUCAUCAGCCACCAUUAACAGCGUUGUGCACAUCUUGAUAACAUGUAAAAUAUUAACUUUGCAUGCUCCUGUUUCCGAUUCAAUGAGGCCCAUGUUUGAUCUGAUAAAAUACAUUCAUCUAUGGCAAAAUAUUAUGUAGUAAAUGUAUUUUAUUUUCAGCCGCAUUUUCCCAAAGAAUAAGUAUUUUAUUUAUUUUGUAAAUAUCAGACACAUAAAGUGAGAUGGUGUAACAUGCUUUAUUUUUGUUAAUGUCUUAUUGUUUGUCUCAUUAACUUGUUACAUUGAUAGUGCAAUACAUUUUUUAAAGAAAGUCAUAAACUACAAUGCUCACAUGAUGAAAUAAAUUGAUAAAACAAUUAUUUAAAAAAAAAAAAGAAUCAUUAACAUUUCUUUUAUAAACCUAAAACAGCUGUUGUCAUCAUCACUGGGUCUUUAUUCAGAAGCACAUUCGACAUGAUUAUUUCACAAUUUUAAUUAAAAGCUUGAAUUAUUAUUUCCAUAAAGUUAACAACGGUCGCUGAUGGACAUUACGUCACCUGAAAAUGAAUCUGACACAUCUGGGGGCUCGUCCGGGAAAGAUGAUGGUAGACUGAAGGUCAUUUGAGGAUAAGUAAAACUGAAAUCAGACCACAGUUUCAGAUCAUGUGGUAAUAUUGUUAAAUUCACCAAAACAAAACAACUAGUAAACCCUCAUCCC